AUUUUGAACCGUGUUCAUUAUGAUAUUAUUAUGACUUGAGUUGAGUUUUGGAGUUUGUAUUUUCAAGGUUGUGUGCUCCUCUGCCAGUCAGUGUCUUUAAGAGUGGGGUUCUGUUCAUUUUCGGCAACACAAAUUGGUUUCUUCUUGGGAUUCAAUUGUACGGGGAAAGUGCUAUGGAAGACCGGGAAAACAGCGAUCCCCAACGAAGCGAUCAAGAGGAUUUAGUCAAAGAUGAGGACAAUUGCUGGAGCCAAGAAAAUGUCGAUCGAGCAGUUCGUACAUUUGUCUCUAUUUGUCUUGGCGAGGAACGACCAUACGAGUAUAAUAUCAACCAGCAGAGAGCGAGGGACGCGGAUUCCAGGGAACAAACGGUGCAGACUGCCACCCUCAAUCCUCUUGAAACUCAGUCACACGUCCAAGCAAGUGCCGGAGAUUCCCGAGAAAAACAUACACAGGGACUGUGUGGUGACGAUUCCAGGACGGCUGAAAACGACUUCACAAAGGACAAUUCAAGGGGCGCUGCUAGCCGGACAGUUUGCGACCUUGGACAACGUGGACACUAUGUGAAGGCACCUCCGAAGUUGGGUGGUAUAGGAGGAGUAUAUACCUCGCCAUGCAGUUCCGCAACGCCAAUGCCAUCUGUUCGCCCAGUCGGAAGUAUCCCAGGUUUAGGAGUUCCUUCGGAAACUUCAGUCCAAAAAGAACCUGCUCUGGAAGCGAUCGGUACUCAGAUUAACGAUCAGCAGAAAGAACUUUGGACAGAAGUUAUAUCAGGCUAUUCUAAUGAUGCUGAUAUGCGUUGGGGUCCAGAACAAACCAGACAGUUACACAGCUACCUCCACGAAGACACCCCUACCGCACCGUAUACAUCCGAUCGCUGCCAAAACAAAGAUACACAGAGUCGUGCUGCAGAGAUUUUUGCUGAUAUGGCGGCAUGGAAUGUCUCAACUGCUAAGGUUGCUGCUGCAACAAUGAACCCGUAUGAUAUGAGAUCAUCCACAAACACGUUCAUUCAUCAAAACGCCUACGAAGAAGGGACGAAUGAGGCAACACCCGGUAUAUCUGGUAUGAUUAGAGACGGAAGAGACUCAUCUUCAACGUUUUGUGCCAAUAUUCAUCGAGCACCGCCUGGACAACUGCUGAUGGAACCGCCAACAUUUGCAUCUUUAGCCAGCCCUCCGUUUGAUGCUGAAGGAAUUUCUGAAACACGAAGGAAAAAUACGGCAAAAGAAGAGCAUGAGAACGUGAGGCAAGUCGGACGGGGACAUAAUAUCCGACAGGAACCUGUAGGGUCUACGGCUGCCACUACGGUUUUAGAUCAAGAGACGCGCUCUAUGUCUAAAACAUUACUCAAGUGUCGGUAUUGCCCGAGAGAGUUUUGUAAGGGAUCCAGACUUCGUGAGCAUGAGCGUGUUCAUACCCGACAGCGAACAUUCAAGUGUGAUGUAUGCAGCAAAUACUUCCCUCAUUCCAGCAGUUUACUAGUGCACCGACGUACUCAUACCGGUGGGAAACGAUUCACGUGCAAGGUUUGUCAAGCAUCGUUCACGGCAUCAUCUAGUCUACAUAUCCAUGAACGGAAUCACACAGGUGAAAGGCCUUACAAGUGCGAGACAUGUGACGCAUUGUUCAAGACAUCUUCCGAACUACGUUGCCACACACGUAUUCACACAGGGGAGAGGCCUUACAAGUGCGAAAAAUGUGAAUUAUCAUUCAAGCAUUUGUCAACUCUUCGGGUUCAUGAGCGUAUUCAUACUAGAGAUGGGCCUUACAAAUGCAAGACAUGUGGAGCGUCGUUCACGCGGCUAUCAAGUCUACAUUCUCAUGAACGCAUGCACAAACUGGAUCGUUCCUAGAGGAGCAAGUCGCGUAGAUCGUAUUGCAACAGACCAGGAAAUCGACCUGAUCAUGAACGUGAAUACAACAGAAAAAGGUCAUUCAGGGCACUUGCAAUGUCGUGUCCUCAUGCCCGAACGCAUACAGAAGACAAACCCCAUACAUGGAUUGUGCUCAAACAUCUAGCGCUAACAUUUACUCUAUGAGCAUGGGAUUACACAUACAUAUUGGAAAGCUAGCAGUCCAAUAUUUAGGUGUAUGGGUUACUUGUUGAAAGUUUACACCACACGAACACAUUCAUACUAAAAACGAUCAAUCGUUGCAUAUUGUACUAGGCUUGUGUACAUCUCCUUGUUUGCCCUGUAAUACAAAUCACACUUUUGCCUAUAGCAACAUCCCAUCUUAUGACCAUCCUGCUAAAAGUCAGACAAAUUGGGUUUUCAUAACAAACACCUUUGUUUCUAGCUUACGUCUCGUCAUUGUCCAGUUAGCAGUACGUAAUACAUCGCAGCAUACAUCUAUCGUAAAUCAGGUUUUGUGAAUCAAUUCUUCCACGCAAUCGCUUUUUUAGAGCUCUUUAUUCAUCAUGUGCUCUCCAAUUUUGGUCUCGUACAAAUCCUUCGAAAACACUUUCGAAAUCUCG